AUGUGGUAUGAUGAUGCCUAUGAUUACAGUUACGUCGUAUAUUCACCUUCUUAUUCCGGUUCUGAUGUGGAAGGAGAUGACCCGCGAGGCGCUGUACAUAAAGAUCAAGAAGAAAGCAACAACGCGUCAACUACAAAAAACGCUUCGGGCACUCUUUACCAGUUACUUUCCCUUCAAGACUUGUGUUGUCGUGUAAUUGCGUUGAAGUUACCGUUCGCGUACGUCGAGCAUCGAUUACCUCCAAUUCCAGAUGAACUGCAACUGAAGAUUAUCGGGUUUUCGUUUCCUGAAGAUGAGCAGAUGAUAAUGAAGUAUGCACAGUUCAGCAGCCGUAGUAGUGUCGACGUUAGCUUGGCGGAAUCAGCGCUUGGAAACGUGCAAACUCUGAACCAGAUUGGUAGGUGUGGCUAGACCAAUUAGAACAAACUGAGGUCCGAAGGGCCGAAAAUAAUUUCUUUUGAGAGCGAGCCUCCCCCCCUCUUCUCAGGGUCUGGAUGACCGCCCCCCCCUCCCCUAUCUGAAGGUCUGGAUCCGCCAUAAUGUAUAAAUCUUCUACAUUGGGUUGUAAUUUAUCAGACUUUAUUUAAAUAGCUUACAAAUUUCUCAAAUAUUUCUCGUACCCAAUUUGCCCUGUUGUUCACAAGUUCCGUCGUGACAAAAAAGGCCGUCAACAAAAUCUGGAUCGGAUCGGACUGCGUAUCGGAUUGGACUCCGGAUCGGAUCGGAUCGGUUUGAACUGGUAUUUUCUCUUUUAGUGCAGAAGAAUUAUUUUGAGAUGUUUUAAUAAUGACACAGGUGGCUCGGAAUAAGAAAUCCGAGUUCUCACAACAGGAGUCUAACCAAUGACUAGUCAAGACACUAACCAGUAAGUGGUCGACUAGUAAUCAGUUCGACUCGGAUUUUUUCUUCCGAGCCGUCUGAGUCACUAAUAAAACAAAUCGUUUCUCAUGUUUUACCAGGCUUAAAAUCCACCAUGAGCUUGAAAAUCAUCGCAAAGAAUUAUUUUCAACUGAACUGCACUCGCAAAUUUUCUGUUGCAUGACUUCAUACGAUUUUCAAUAAGGAGGCUUGGUCACGUGACAUCGCCCGAAUCGAAGAUGGCGGAGGGAGAUGUAAGUAUCUCUCGGAGGAGACGAUUAAGAAAAUCGGGGGAAUGAGUAAGGUACGAUAAGCGAAUGAGCUCUUCAAAUGCCACUUACAUUAUUUUUAUUAACAAGAAGUCUUCUUUUUGUAGCCGAGUCCCUCGCAAACGUGUCGGCACUAGUCAUAGGCUAGACUCGAUCCUGUUGUGAGAACUCGGAUCUCAUAUUCCGAGCCACCUGUGUCAUUAUUAAAAACAGCUUUUCUCAAAAUAAUUCUUCUGCACCAAAAGCAAAAAUACCAGUCCGAUCCGAUCCUGCUUUUCUCGACGGCCUUUAUUUAGCGAGAAAUGUGCCUUUCCUUUGUCGCUUUCCUUUAUCACUUCAUGUAGUACAGUCUGGAUAUAACAUGUCAAAAUACUGGUCCUGGUCCUGUUGUCCCAAACGAAAAAUGAUACCGCUGGUAAAUUUAAGAAGUGUAAUGAAUCACGGUAUUAUAGAUGUAACUGGUAAAUAAACAUUUAUGGUGUUUAGGGACGGACCACUAGAAAAGUUAUGGGGUAGGUUGGGGGUGGGGAGUUUUCGAGGCAUGAAUUAUGCAGUAUAAUGAAUCCUUUGGGAGUGUAACAGUUGUACAGUACAUUUGACAGAUUUUGACACCCCUGUGAAAACCAAAUUUUAACUGGUGCCAAUGUUUUAAUUUUGCUACAGGCUUCCGUUUGAGUGCCACAGUUAAUCACAACAGGUGCAGUUAUUAUGUGACUGUCUACUUUGAUCGUGGAAAGAUAACAUUCGCCCACUGUUCAUGUGACCAGUCAAUGAAUUGGUGUGCGCAUGUUAUUGCAACAUGUUUGGCAAGAAUAAAGGACAAGAACACUGUCACAAUUCGAAUGCCAGUCUCUGAUUCACUUCAUUUACUGGACCAGGACCAGUUGUUAAAAUUGGCACAUUACCUUCUAUAUAAACACCAGAAUGAAGGUAUUAUAGAAACUGCACAACAACUGCUUGAUAAGCUGUUGUCAAAAGAACAGAAAGAGCAAGAGGAAGACAUUAAUGCCAUUGCAGGGGCACCAGAUUCUACUGCUGGUCCUGGUAAGACCGUCUAUCUUUAUAAUCGUUAUCAGCGACAUUGCUAUAUCAGAACUAGACGUUUGGAAAUACUAUUAAUUUUUAGAUGGUCUAUAAUUGAAUUAAUAUUUGUUUGCUAUGGGUGAAACUUUCAGAAAACCUAUGCAAAGGAAUCCGGGUUCUGAAAUCUGUGAAAUUUUUGCUUUUGGAAUCCGAACUCUUAGGCUUUGGAAUCUGGAAUCCAAGUUCCACUGACAAAGAAUCCGGAAUCCUUAGCUUUGGCUCAAGAAUUCAAAAUUGUCUUGGAUUCUCUUUCAUGGGUGACGAUUGCAUUUUUUUAAGGGAUGGUAAAUAAAACCCUUGGGUUAUCCUUUUUAUUUUUUUAGAGGGUUGUUCCUUGAUCAUUGCUUGGAAAGGAUUCGGUUAG